AUGUCCUCAAAAUUAUUGUCUCGGGUUCGAUGUAAAUAUUUGCGGAACAAAAUCAUAGAGCCCUCUAGUUUGCUUUCAAACUUCCAAGGUCACCAGACGAUUGGCUGGUCAGGAUUUACUGGAGUUGAUUAUCCUUUGCAGUCAUUAGAGCCAGUGAUCAACGAGGUCAGAUCAAAUGGAUCAUUUGCUAGACCCGUGUUUGAUUUACGAGUAUGCUCGUCUGGAGGUACAGUUACAGAAUUGGCUUUGUCUGAACUAGGUAUGGUCCGCAGCAGAUCGCCUUACCAAGUAAGCAAAUCAAUCAACAAAGGUCUAAACAAUGGAAAGAUCGAUUUUCAUGAUCACUCCCUUAUAGAUUUCGCGGAGCAGCUGACAUCUGGACAUCUGGGUGCAAAGGAUGGAAAGCCUCAGUCUUUGAAUAUAGCAAUUGUAGAAGCUACAGAGAUCACAGAAGAAGGAGAUCUCGUUCCAGGAGCUUCGGUAGGUGUGACACCUGAACUUAUCCAAGCAGCUGAAAAGGUAAUUGUCGAAAUGAAUACCAAUAGUCCUUCGCUUCAGGGAAUCCAUGACUUAUACGUACCUACUUCGCCUCCCUACCGAAGACCGCUGAACGUCUGUACUUCUAAAGACAGAAUUGGAAAAACGGCAAUUCCUCUGGAUCCUAGGAAGGUUGUGGGAAUCGUUGAGGGAUCUCAUGGGAAAUUUCCAACUCGUACAGAGCCAGGAAAUAGCUCUACCAAAUCAAUUUCGCAUCAUAUUAUAGACUUCUUUAAGCACGAAACUCAUCGGGGAAGGCUUCCAAAUAAUUUACAUCCAAUCCAAUCUGGCAUCGGUGCCAUUGCAAACUCCGUUGUCGAAGGGCUUGGUAAUUCUUCUUUCCGAAAUCUUCAAGUUUGGACUGAAGUUUUACAAGAUGCGUUUUUGGAUUUGCUAAAGUCAGGCACUGUUCAGUACGCAUCGUCCAUGUCUCUUCGUUUCUCACCCCAAGAACUGGAAAACUUUUACAGAGAGUGGGACUUUUACAAAGAACGAGUGACUCUCCGUCCUCAAGCAAUCACCAAUAGCCCAGAGAUAAUUCGACGUUUGGGAUGCAUUUCGCUGAAUACCCCUGUGGAAGUGGACUUGUACGGGCAUGUGAACAGUACCUGUGUAAUGGGAAGUCGGAUGCUCAACGGCAUUGGAGGUUCUGGAGAUUUUAUGAGAAAUGCAAAGCUUAGCAUUAUGCACACUCCCUCUGUAAGACCGUCCAAGACAGAUCCAACCGGUAUCUCUACCAUAGUUCCUAAAGUGACACACGUCGAUCAUACAGAACAUGAUAUUGAUAUUGUCGUCACGGAACAAGGGUUAGCAGACCUUCGUGGUCUCUCCCCGAGAGAAAGAGCAAUAAAAGUCAUCAAAAAUUGUGCUCAUCCUGUUUACCGUCCCAUCCUGAUGGAUUAUUUUACUUUGGCAGAAUCUGCUUGUCUAAAAAGAAAGAUGGGGCACGAGCCCGUCCUUUUGGAUAAAGCAUUUAAUAUGCAUACGUCUUUUCUUGAAAAAGGAAGCAUGAAGGUUUCAUCUUGGUAA